GACGGCAAAGAUGUCGCAUAACAGUUUGCUCCUUUUGGGGAUAUUUAUGUGUUUUUCGAUAUAUGACAUAAACACAGAAAUUAGCAUAACCGCAGCGGAUUAUUUUCGAGUAGUGAACUACCUCUAUCACUAUGGUUACCUGAUGACACAGUUUCCAUGGCUUCCUGGUUCAUUCCAUGAUGCCAUAGCAGAGUUUCAGCGACGCGCGCAUCUUCAGCUUACAGGUCGUCUCAAUCCGGAAACCCUCAACAUGAUAAACCGGAAGCGGUGUGGCGUGCCCGACAUAAUCCGGUUCGUUGUGACAUCAUCGAGAAUAAAGCGCUAUGUCCUAGAUGAUACUCGAUGGAAGCAUACAAACCUGACGUACUGCGUGAGAACAUACCCGCUCGCACCCGACACAACACAUUCCGGAGUUGACCGGGUGCUGGCCAAAGCGUUUAAGAUAUGGUCCGACGUCAGUUCUCUGACCUUCACCCAACUGCCCCACUGUAACGUCGACAUCGUCAUCCAGUUCAACAGCGGUUACCAUGGAGACAGGGCACCAUUUGACGGAAAAGGAAACACUUUGGCGCAUGCGUACUUCCCAGGUGACAGCAGACGUGGUCUCAACGGCGAUGUCCACUUUGACGAUGACGAGCCGUGGACGACCGAGGGAAACAUACCAAACAGAGAGGACAUAUUCUGUGUUGGCGUCCAUGAGAUUGGGCACAGUCUCGGUCUACAACAUUCCAGGGAGAAGGGCGCCAUCAUGUGGCCAUGGGUGCGACAGUGUACAGACAGUCCGCUCACACAGGACGACAUCAGGGGUAUCCAAGCUCUCUACGGUCCCCCUCGCAGUAUUGUCACGACAACCCCGUCUCCACCAGCACGUACAACUACGCCUACUGCAUCCCUUGACCCUGACAUCUGUAGCGGAAGGAUCGACUCCGUCACUCUUGGAGCUGAUGGGAAGAUGUAUGGUUUUAGAGGUAACUAUGUGUACCUGUUUGGGCGUCGCGGGGUUAUCCCUGGUUACCCACGUGUCAUCAGCUCUGUGUUCCCAGACGCCCCCUCAUCAGUAGACACUACCAUAACCCUAACCCUGGCGACAGGAGGGCGUGGCCCCAAGACAACAUUCACCUAUCUUUUUACGGGUAACGUGAGCUACAUCUACACAUACGACGUUAGCCUGACCAGGUUCAGAUUCUACAAGGGUCCUGUGUUAUUCUCAGAGGUACUGCAGCUACCGACCAGGCGACUAGAUGCCGCCUUCUACCUUGACAACGACAACACCUGCUACUUCACUCGAGGGAAAGUGUAUUGGAAGAUGACUAUAGACAAGCAAGGCGGCAAAAGAAUCAGUUCGGCCAGGAAACUGUCCAACCUCACCCAACUCCAAGGAAUACCACCUUUCCGCACUGCUGUGCGCAUGCGUAGUGAUUUGAAGUAUUUUUUCUACAACUCCACCUACUUCCGCCUUGAAGGUGAAGGUCGGAGGCGCCGCCUGGUGGGGCCUCUAGACACAGCUUACCGCUGGUUCCGGUGUAGGCGACCCAGCCUCUACCAGCUUCCUCUAUUUCCUUAACGGGAUCUAACUCCAUGCUAAGUCUCGAAUAGUUUAGUAGUGGGUUUUAAAAACGCGGAGCAAGACCUGAUGCAGUGGUCUCCGUGCUCGGAAUAAAGGUACGGCCAAACAUUUAGUCCAGUGGAACCUUCUCAUUCCUCGGAAUUAUGUUUUAACAUCUAUAUAAAUACUUAUGGACAUUAAUAUAUAUGUAUAGCAUUGAUUCGUUAAUUGGGACGAUUCCAUCGGGGAUGGUAUCGGUCGGAUUAAUGGAGUUGCAUUGUACUCAAAUGAUGUAUACAUUAGGUUUGUUUUUACAUUAAAUGGCGUGUCUGUUUAUAAGACAAUACAGAUGAAUAUCAAACACUAUCAUGGUCAUGGAAAGCAUGUUUAGUCUAAUGACAGAUAACCUGAGAAUUGGGAAUAUGAAAUGUACAUGUUUUUUUAGGUUAGUUUGAUAUGAUACAUAGUCAAUAAAACACAUGAA